GAACGGUUCGGUGGCGACGAUUUGCUGCGACACAACWGAAUUGCUUAGAUMCGAAGCGUAGCGAAAAGCGGCGCCGCGUGUGAAGUGAAGUGUACAGUGAAUGAUAGCAACAUUUAGCAAACAUUAGAUAGCUACAACAGCUAGUAAAUAUAUAUGWAUAUGCAUAUAAUUUAAUCAUAUAUGUAUUAAAGCAGUGAUAGUGUGACAAUAGUCAACGGAAGCCCGUGAAAUAUAUACAUAUGUGSUUAUAUAAAUAAUAUUAAAUAUCAGCGUGUUCAUGUAAAAUWUGAAAAUAUGUGAAUGUAUGUAUCUGUGUUAAAAAAAGUAAAUAGCCAUGCGUAUAAGCAAGUGGCGAUCAAAGAAAUUCCAAAGUACGAUUUUUCAUAAUUUAAUUCACAGCUAAACUAAAGUCUUCUACAUAURCAUACCUAUGUACAUAUACGUAUGUAAAUGCUUCUGGCGUUUCGUGCGCAUGUAAGUGCAUGUGAGUGUGCACGUGCGCGUACCGCUACCGUAAACAGCGGUGAUCAGCGAUCAGCAGCAGCAUCGUGAGUGUUUUGCGAUUCAAAUAACAUAUUUACAGUAAGCAAAAUUCAUAGAACUAUGCAAAAGAGAGUGAAUUUUGAAUUGAACACAAUAACUUAGUUAAAAUUCAGCUCUAAAAUAAUAUUCUCAAAACAAAACAGCUAAGUAAAUAAACAAACAAACAACGAUCAACGGAAAACCAACAUUGAAUUAAUUAAAAGCACACAGUCGACUAAAGAAGCAGCAAAAUUCAACGAAAGUUAUUAUGAAAGUGCAUACAACAGCGAGUSAACGGCAGUUUUCAAUAUUACAAACUAAAGUAAAAGUCAAAACAAAAACGUUGCGGCAACAAAAACAACAAGAAAAACAGCCACAGCAUCGGUUAAUUAAAGUGUUGAAGCAACAGCGGCAACAAUUGCAAAAAMGCUUGUUAAAACAAACUCGAAAUUUCGUUAGGACGACUGCAGCACUAGCACCCAACGAUCAACCACAAAAACAACAACAAUAUCAACGCAACAACGAAGGUGAGCAUUCCUUGCUGCGCACUAAGCAAAUUYCAUUACAAUUGCAACACGGCACAUUGGCUCAUAUAGCGCUGGCCGAUACGCUAUCGUUGUCAGUGUUGCAGCUGUUAGAGUCGACGUGGCUGGUUAACAACGCAGUGCCGGAAAAUAAAUCAAAAUUAAACUCUUUAAGACGGAGGGACUAACAUUCGCAUUGCUGGCGGGCC